AUGGAACGCGAGUGGCAACGGCAGCAGCGGGAGGAGGUGAGGCGGCGGCAAUACGCCUUAGACUCUGCCUCAGACGGAACCUCACAGGGGGGCAUGCCGGAUGCCUUGUCGCCUGGGCUCACCCCGUCCGUGGGCGCUACUGGGAUGGGGUACACAGGGAUGGAGGGGAGCGAGUAUGGGGAGAGGACGCCCGAGGAGAUGACUGGGGAGAAUGAGUAUAUAGAUGAGCUGCAGGAGCUGCAGUCGCCUGGCGGGAUGGGGUCUGUGGGUGGCGGUGGUAGUGGUGGAGGUGGUGGUGGGGGGGUUGGGACUCCUAUGACUGGUAUGUCUCCCCGUGGAGCGCUGGGAAGCUGGAGUAAGGGGCCGGGGGGGACGCCGCAGACGCCGGUUAGUAUGGUUGGUAGCACGGGCACGGUUCCUGGGACUGCUGGCACAGGCGCGGGGUAUAAGCCCGCGUGGGCGGAGUCAGGCGGGGCGAGCGCGGCAGGCGGGGGGAUGGGCGCGGGCGGGGGUGGUCCGGGGGAGGGGCACCUGGUUUCCCCGCCCUCGAGUAUGAAUUCGUCCCCUGUGGCAACUCCGCAGCACCAGCAGCAGCACCAGCACACGCGUCUGGCCUACCCUGAGUAUUACCAGACAUCGGGCAGGGCAGGAAGCGGGGGAGGCGGGGGGAGUGCUGCUAGCGGCGCGGCCAGCGCCGCGUAUGGUAACCACCACCAGGGGGGAGCACGCGGGGGAGGGAUAGGGGGAGGCAGCGGAGGGGGGGGCAGCGCGGGCGCAAAGGGGAACGGCGCGCUGCCCUCGCCCAGCGCAGGCGCCAUGUCGCCCGUCCCUGCUGGUCCCAUCCCCGACGGGUUCAGCCCCUUAGGCUCCGUGGGAAGCUCCCUGACAAACCCGCUUGGGGCAGUGCACGGGCGCGGCAGAGGAGGCGCGGUUAUGCGGGACUAUCCGGGGGAGCUGGCGGCGGCGGAGGCGGCUAUAGAGGAGCUGCAGCGGGACUGCGUGAAAUACCAGCUGAACGCGCGAAAUCUCACCAGGGAGGUGGAGAGUCUGAGAAGCCAGCUGGCUGAGGCGAUCACGCAGGACCAGAGGGCUGAUAUUGCGAUAGGGGAGUUGAAAGGGGAGAGGGAUCAGCUUCAGGAGGAGCUGAACCAGCUGCGGAUGGGGCGGGGAGGCGGGGAAGUGGGCGGCGGGGGGAUGGGGGAGGGGAGCGAGUGGAGCAUGGGCGGACCCGGGGGCAUGCGCGGGGGGAUGGGGGGCGGCAGGGAGGUGGAGAUGCUGAUGGAAGAGGUGGAGUAUCUCAAGGGCACGGUUGAUAGCUUAUCAGCGCAGCUGGAGGUGUUUCAACGGGAUAACGUGGAGCUGUCUAAGUCGCUUGAGGAGGCGGAGAGAGAGGCGGGGAAGUACAGGCGGGACGCGGAGGAAUUGUUUGAGGAUAGGCGGGAGGCGCAAGCGGUGGCGAAGCGGCUGCAGAAGCAGAUGGAGGAGAAGGAGGCGGACUGGAACCGGCGGCUGGCGGAGCUUGCGCAGGGGAAUGGGGGGAUGGACGGGUUGGGUCUGAGCGGGUUGGGGGUUUCGGAGGGGAUGGGCGGCGUGGGAGGGAGCGUGCAGUCGUCGGUUAAGAGGAGUUUGUUUGGCGGGGCGGACAGGCGCGCGGGGCUGGUUCCGCGGAACCUGAGGGAUGAGCUGGAGCUCGCGACAGAGAGCGAGGGGGAGGUUAGGGGAGGCGGAGGAUGCAAUAAGCGGUACGCAGGGUAUGACGGGCAGGAGAGCAGCGGGACGGCGGGCAUGACUUGUGAUGAGAGCGUGCUGUUAGAGCUCCAACAGAAGGUGGAAGAACUGGAGAAAGAAGCGCAGGAGCUCACAGCAGAGAGUCUUGAGCUAGCUACGGAAUUGAACACGGCGAAUAAGGAGGCUGAGCAGAAGGAGGUGUUGAUCGAGCAGCUGAAGCAGGAGUUGGUCGCGGCGAGGGGUGGGAGAGGGCUUCCGGCGAGUAUAGCGCAGCUGCUACAGACGAAACCCAAGCCGAAGCCGUACCAGCCUGUGCAGCUGCGGCAGCAGCGCCCGGCGCCGCCCCCGCCUCCUGCUCCCCCUGCCCCGUGCCUGUGUCCGAAAUGCUCUGAGCCGUCCGCCCCUGCGCUCUGCGCGAAGUGCACCCCGCCUCCCCCGCCCCCGCCGCCGCCUGCGGCCCCAUCUCCGCCUCCGCCCCCGCCCCCUCCCCCUGCCCCUGUAGAGGAAACUAAGAAACCAGAGGUUGCGGUGAGGGCUGUGAGCAGCGAGGGCGGCAGCAGCGUGUCCGAGGAAGAUGCGCGGAAGCUGCAGGCGCGCGUGCAGGAGCUGCUGGAGCAGCUGCGGGUGCAGCGGGCGGAGGCGCAGGCCGCCAAGGAGGAGGUGGUGCAGCUGCGCAGCAAGGUGCGCGUCACUGAAAUGGCCACCCAGCGCGCGAAUGACAGGCUUAGCAUCUUAGAGGAGUAUGAACGGAGGGCUAGGGAGGUGGAGGCGGAGUUGGAAAGUACCAAGAAGCUGCUGACGGCGGGGCGGCGGGCGAGGGAGGAGGCGGAGAGGAGGCAUGAGCUAGAGGUGGAGCAUUUGAAGGAGGCGCGGGCUGACGUGGAGAGUCAGCUGACGAGGUAUGUGGAGGAGGUGGGGCGGCUGGAGAAGAAGUGUGCUGAUGAGGGACAGGCAGGAAAAGAGCUGAGUGAGAGGCUGGCCCAGGUGCUGGAGAAUGGGGUUGGUGGGAUUGACUUGGAGGAUUCUGCGAGUCUGGCUGCGAGGGCGGAAGGGUUGGAUCCUGCUGGGAAGGUGGCGCUGCUUGCUGAGGUGGCGUCUAAGUGGCGCGCGCGGGCUGCUGAGCUGGCGAAGGAGAAGGAGAAGCUGCGGGAGGAGAAGGGUGACGUGGAGGGGAAGAUGGAGGAGCUGGAGAAGGGGAUGGGGUCGUGGCGGAGCGAUAGGGCGGGUUUGGAGAAGCAGGUGCGGCUGCUGGACGAGGGGAAGAGAUUGGCGGAGUCUCGGGUUCAAGAGGUGGAGUUGCAGUUGUCUGCUAUGCAGGAGCUUCUAGAUGAUGCCAAGGCGGAUUCUGCUGCUGCUGUGAGGCGCAGCAACGGUGGUAUGAGCGCCAGUGAGGUGGAGGAGAUGAGGGAGAGCAAUCAGAAGGCGAGGAGGCGGAUUGUGGAGCUUGAAGGGCAGGUGAAGGCGCUAGAGACGAGGCUGGCGGAGUGGGAGGUGAGGGAGCUGUCUGGUUUAGGCGGUGGGGAUCGGCGUGGGAAGAGCAAGGAGCUGGAGGAGGCUCGGAAGCGGAUUGCCGAGCUUGAGGCGGAGGUUCGGAAGGUGGCUGGGGAGUCCGGGGCGGGAAAGAGGGAGGUGGAGAUGAGGGUGUUGAGGUUGGAAGGGGCGUGUGGGAAGCUAGAGGCGGAACUGCAGGAGGCGAAUACGGGGAAGAGGAGGGCAGAGGAGAGGGUAGCAGAGGUGCAGGCUCAACUGGUGGUGGUGACAUCUGAGGCCAAGGCGGGGGCGGGGAGAGCGAAGGAGCUUGACGGGCGGUUGCAGAGGGCGGAGGCGAGAGAAGGGGAGCUGAUGAGCGAGGUGCAGGGGCUUGAGGGGCGGUUGAAGGAGAUGGAGCGGGAGAAGGAGCGGUUUAGUCGGGUGCUGGGGCAGGAGGAGGCGAAGCGGGAGGCGGCAGAGGCGAGGGCGGCAGCAGGGGAGGCGGCGGGGGAGAGGGUGAGGGAGCAGAUGGGGAGGGACCUGGCCAGGAUGAAAGAGGUGGAAGCGAAGCUUACAGCGCGGUUGCAAGGGGUGGAGAGGGAUAGAGAUGAGGCGAAGGCGAGGGCGAGCAAGGCGGAGGAGGGGCAGAGGCGGGAGAAGGAGGAGCGGCAGGCGGCUGUAGCGCGGCUACAGGCGGAGGUGCAACUGCUGACUGAGCAGCUAUCCGCGUCUGUGAGCGCGAGUGGUAACUUAAGAAGGGAGAAUACGAGUGCGGUGGAAGCAGCUGAGCUGAGGGCCGCUAAGGGGAAGCUGGAGGACCGGUUGAGGCGGGCGGAAGCAGAGCUGAGGGAUGCGAUAGCCGAGAGGAACAAGGCAGAUCUUGAAGUGGAGAGUCAGCGGCGGGCUGUGGCUGCUGAGAAGGCUGCGGCGCGCAGUAGGGAAGCUGCGUGGGUGGUUGAGGCGGAGGGGCUGAAGAGGGAAGCAGCAGAGGCGGGAGAAGCGGUGGUGAAGCUGAGGGGGGUUGAGGAGGAGCGGGACGAGCUGAUUCGGCAGCUGGGGGAGGCGGAGGCGAGUGUAAAGCGGUUGGAAGCGGUGAGGGAGGAGCUUGAGGGGGAGAAGCGGGCGUUGGUGGCCCAACAGGGGAUCAUGGCGGCCAAAGUGAAGGAGUUGGAGCGGGUGAAGAGCGAUUUGGUGGCUUUGCGGACGGAGAAACAGGUGCUAGAGGAGAGACGGCUUACAUUGUCGCUUAAACUGGCGAAGAUGGAGGAGGGGUUGAGUGAGCUGGAGGAUUUACGGGCCAAGCAUGUGGUGCUGGAGGGGGAGGUGGGGGAAUUGGCAGCUAAGGCGGGGGAGGUGGUGGGGUUGAGAGAGGAGAAGAAGCGGUUGGAAGGAGUGGUGGUGGGGGGAGUGUGGGGGGGGGCGGGGGCAGCGGUUGCAAGUGCAUUGGCAGAGGAGGUGCGGCAGCUGAAGCAGCAGAAUGGGGAGCUUAAAAAGCAGUUGGCGGAGGUGAAAGGAGAGGGGGAUGGGGGGAUGGGUGUGGGCGCUGUGGGUAUGGGCGCUGGGAGCGCAAUGAAAGGCAGGCCAAUGGGGGGAGGCGGAGGGGGGAUGAUGGGCGGGGGAGGGGGCGGUGCAUUCGCCCGCGGGGGGCGGGCGGGGGGGAUAAUGUCGGCGCGGGGAGGGGAGGGCGGGGCGGAGAGGCAGGUGGAGGAGCUGAGGAAGAGGACGAUGGCUCUGGAGGGCGAGCUGCAGCGCAAGGCAGAGGCGCUGGCUGCUGCUGAGAGACAGCUGGAGGCCGCCAGGCAGGCUGCAUCUGGGGGAGGUGGCGGGAUGGAGAGCCAAGUCGGCAAGCUUGAGGACCAAGUGCGAUCUCUUGAGCAGUCUCUGGAGAGCAGCAGAGCAACAGCAGAGGCGAGGGAGCGUAGCCUGACCGAGCGGUUGGAGCAGCUGGAGGCAGCGAAUGAGCUGCUGGGGAGCAAAGGGGACAACGCCAGUGCCAGGCUGAACCAAGAGUUGCGCAAGGCGCAGCAGCGGGUGGGGGAGUUGCGCAAGGCGCAGCAGCAGGUGGGGGAGGCGCGAGUGAGGGAGGCGGAGCUGCGGUGUGCGCUGGCAGCACUCAAGGGAUCCGGCACAGAGGCACACGCACAGGAGGUGAGGGACAUGGAGAGAGGGGUGGGUGUUAUGGUGGGGGAGGAGGAGCUGCGGCAUGCGCUGGCAGCACUCAAGGGGCCUGGCGCCGAGGCACACGCACAGGAGGACCCUCGCAAGGCAGCGGCACAGCGCAUGGCGAGCGGCGUGGCAGAGAGGAUGGCGAUUCUGGAAACGGAGCUGGCAGAGGCACUGGAGGCCAACAACCGUUACAAGGAGCAACUCAAGCGUGCAAUGGCGAGCGCAGGGGCAGCAGACAGCAGUGCAGCACAGCAGUCGCACGAGGGUGAGCUGGCAGCAAGGCUUGCUGACAUGGCAGCACAGCUGGAGGAGUCCAAGCUGGCGGCGCAGACAGCCGAGGGUGAGCUGGCGCGAUUGAGGGCGGAGCACGGGGCAGUGGCUGCCAGGCUGGCACAGGCUGACGUGGACAAGAAGGGAGAGAGAAAGGUUAAGGGAGAUAUAGAGCGGAAAGCUGAGAAGAAAGAUGAGAAGAAGAGGGAGGAGAAGAAAGAGGAGAAGGAGGAAAAGCGGAGGGAGGAGAGGCGGCUGGGGUCAAGGCCUGCCAGUCCAAGGAGCAAGGUGGGGGGGAUUACGAGCAGCACUGCCACUCCUGCCAGUGCAAGUGCGGCCAGGCUGGGCAGAAGCAGCAGCUCCAGAGGCAUGGGCAUGGUCUAG